CCAUUUCUAUCAUUAUUCUUGUUUGUUGUUGCAUCUUGUGCCUCUUUACUGGUGUGUACCGGUAAUUUAACGUUAGCUACCUUAAAAUCAAACGAUUGCUUAAAUAAUUUAAGUGUAAAAAGCCGUAUUUUACUCCGGAUUAUAAAAAAUGUCUCAUAAUAGAAACGAUUGUCGAAUUUAUGUUGGAAAUUUACCACCAGACAUUCGUACGAAGGACAUUCAAGAUUUAUUUUACAAGUUCGGUAAAGUCACAUUCGUCGAUUUAAAGAAUCGCAGAGGGCCCCCUUUUGCUUUUGUAGAAUUUGAAGACCCAAGAGAUGCUGAUGACGCAGUACAUGCUAGGGAUGGUUAUGAUUAUGAUGGAUACCGUUUGCGAGUAGAAUUUCCUAGGGGUGGUGGACCUAGUGGACAUAGAGGUCGAGGUGGAGGUGAUAGAGGUCGCAACAGAGGACCUCCAGCCCGUAGGUCACAGUUUAGGGUACUUGUAACGGGUUUACCACCUUCUGGUUCAUGGCAGGAUUUAAAGGACCAUAUGAGAGAAGCUGGAGAUGUAUGUUUUGCAGAUGCAUUUAAAGAUGGUUCAGGUGUGGUUGAAUUUUUGAGAUACGAAGACAUGAAGUAUGCUAUUAAAAAAUUGGAUGAUUCAAGGUUUAGAUCUCAUGAGGGCGAAGUUUCAUAUAUUAGGGUGAAAGAAGAUCGCGGUGGUAGCGACAGACGUUCGGGGGGUCGGUCUCGUAGCCGUUCGUAUUCACCACGUCGUCGGGGCUCCCCAACUUACAGUCCUGUACGUCGCAGUUACUCAAGGAGCCGUUCACAUUCAUAAUACCACCCAUAUAACUGACAAAAUUUGACUUAAUAUGCGGACCCACUUUUGUGUACGUAUUAUGGUUUUUUGACACCCAUUUUUUUUAUUAGGUUUUUGUGUAAGUGUUUAUAAAACAUACACACACUAUGCAUAUAUCAAUAAUUAAAUUUCAACACAUUGAGCAUUUAAAAAGACAAAUAAUUGUUACAUGUGUGUGUUUUUUUGUUUCAAUUUCUUUUAAUUGCCUGAUCAAAUCGUAUUGAAUUACAUGUUGAAGUAUGACUAUUAGGUACACCUUUCACAAUAUUGUAAAUAAAUCUAGUUUCGGAUUUUUUUGCUGUAUUGAGUAAUCAAAAAAGAAAUUGACAUUUUUGGCCAUUAUUUUUACGACUGAGUUACCAUCACAAGAGCAUUCCUAAAAACAUAUGUGAAAUUACACUUUGUUGUCUUACAUUUUCCUUUUUAUUGAAUGAAGACGUUAUUAAUUUUUUUAAGUAAUUGUUAAAGCAAAAAUAUUCAGAUUGUGGACCUUCGAUUUACACAAUUUAUUAGUCUUAAUAGUGUAGUGUGUAAGUUUAUUAAAAAAAAAUGAUCAAGUCAAAUUGUGGGCCCCUUUUUGCUAUUUCUACCGUAGUAUUAAUUAAAAGUAUGUUUGUAAAACGCCAUAUUUGACGUUUAGAUGGAAGGUGCCACAUAGUUUGAUGUAAAAAAAUAAUAACAGCCGAAAAACUAAUGUGUAUUCUUUCUUUUACAAAUUAUAUGUACCGACGAGGGAGUAAUAAAGUCCAGUCAGAAAGA